GCGUCAACUGGCGGAGGAGCCGCGCUGUUAGUUGCCCACAAACGUCCAAAUGACAUCAAAGUGGUCAUUUCCCGCGGCGGCAGACCUGAUUUGGUCAGUUCCGAAAUUCUUAAAGAAAUACCCACACCAACUUUACUUAUAGUUGGUGGAAAUGACCCUGCGGUGCUGAGCUUUAAUGAGAAAGCAUUAAAGAAUUUAAGCAGUCCAAUAAAGCAAUUGGAAAUUGUUCAAGGAGCAUCUCACUUGUUUGAAGAACCAG